UUCACCGGUUUGAUCAUGGCUGUCAACAUCCCGGGAGUGAUUGCGAUGGUCUUCUUCUACCUGCUGGUUCUAGGAACCGGUAUCUGGGCUUCUUUCAAGUCCAAAAGGGAACAGAAGAAAAGUGCAGCCACUGGAGUGGAUAUGGCCCUGCUGGGAAACCGGAGGAUUAGCUUGGUGGUGGGAAUCUUCACAAUGACAGCGACAUGGGUUGGAGGAGGACUCGUUGUUGGCACAGCUGAGAUGGUGUACACGCCCUCUAUGGGACUAACUACAGCCAUUGUGAUGAUGAUAGCAUACAGCUCUUCUUUCAUCAUUGUUGGCAUGGUAUUUGCCAAGCCAAUGAGAGAUAGAGGUUGUACAACGAUGCUGGACCCUUUCAACAUGAAGUAUGGAAAAAGACUAACAGCUGGACUGAGCCUGGUUUCACUUUUUGUUGAUCUGACGUGGGUACCCACAACACUCAUUGGCUUAGGAGGAAUCAUGAAUGUGGUCUUGGAUUUACCUUUUUCUGUUUGCAUCUGGAUUUCUGCUGCUGUUGCCAUCAUCUACACGCUGCUGGGAGGCCUCUACUCUGUGGCCUACACAGAUAUUAUACAGCUCUUCCUCAUUUUCAUUGGUCUGUGGGUUUGUGUUCCCUUUGUUCUGAUGAACCCGUACACAUUGGACAUCAGCCAGACAUUAAUGAACAACACCUUACACGCUCCCUGGAUUGGAACGCCAGAACCGAAAACAGCCUGGAGGAUUGUUGAUGAUUUCUUAUUCUUUGCACUGGGGAGUCUGGGGUUCCAGUGCUUCCACCAGAGGACCUUGUCAGCAUCUUCAACAGCCACAGCAAAGAUCACAUGUCUUGUUGCUGGUUUUAUCCUUCUUUUAUUUGGAAUACCUCCUAUACUGCUUGGGGCUGCAGCUGCAUCCACAGGAACCGGCAUCUGGGCUUCUUUCAAAUCCAAAAGGGAGCAGAAGAAAAGUGCCGCCACUGGAGUGGAUAUGGCCCUGCUGGGAAACCGGAGGAUUAGCUUGGUGGUGGGAAUCUUCACAAUGACAGCUACCUGGGUUGGUGGAGGCUUCAUUGUUGGCACUGCUGAGAUGGUGUACACACCUUCUAUGGGACUAACUGCAGCGAUGGUGAUGAUGAUAGCAUACAGUUCAUCUUUUAUAAUAGCUGGUGUGGUAUUUGCUAAGCCAAUGAGAGACAGACACUGUACAACCAUGCUGGACCCUUUCAACAUGAAGUAUGGAAAAGCACUAACAGCUGGACUGAGCCUGGUUUCACUUCUUGUUGAUCUGAUCUGGGUUCCUUCAACACUACUUGGUUUAGGAGCAAUCAUGAAUGUGGUCUUGGAUUUACCUUUUGCUGUUUGCAUCUGGAUUUCUGCUGCAGUCGCCAUCAUCUACACGCUGCUGGGAGGCCUCUACUCUGUGGCCUAUACAGAUGUUAUACAACUGGUUCUCAUAUUCCUUGGUUUGUGGGUUUGUGUUCCUUUUGUUCUGAUGAACCCAUCCACCUUGGACAUCAGCCAGACGUUGAUGAACAACACCUUACACGCUCCCUGGAUUGGAACGCCAGAACUGAAAACGGCCUGGAGGAUUGCUGAUGAUUUCUUAUUCUUUUCACUGGGGAGUCUGGGAUACCAGUGCUUCCACCAAAGGACCUUGUCAGCCUCCUCCACAGCCACAGCCAAGAUCACAUGCAUCGUUGCUGGUUUCAUCUUCCUUUUAUUUGGUACACCUUCAAUAUUGCUUGGGGCAGCAGCUGCAUCCACAGACUGGAACGUGACCACCUAUGGUUCUCCACCUCCAUACGAACGUGGGGAGGCAGCUCUUGUUCUUCCCUUUGCCCUGCGGCACCUCACUCCGUCCUACAUCUCCAUUAUCGGUAUCGGAUGUGUGGCAGCGGCCGUGAUGUCAUCUGCUGAUUCUGCUUUACUUUCUGCAGCUUCUGUCUUCAGUGUGAACAUAUACAGGAACGCCCUCAGGCCUCAGGCAUCAGACAGAGAGAUUCAGUGGGUGAUCCGUGCUGCUGUGGUGGUAGUGGGUGUGGUUGGCACGUCAUUGACCAGCCUGAAAAACAGCAUUAUACAGUUUUGGAUCCUUGGUGGUGAAGGAGCCUACAUCGCUAUUUUCCCUCAACUCGUCUGUGUCCUCUUCUUCAACAUCUCCAAUGGUUAUGGGGCUGUUAUGGGCGUACUUGUGGGAAUUUCUUUAAGAAUACUCAGUGGGGAUCCAUCACUAGGAAUAGCACCAGUCAUACACUUCCCAGGAUGCACUCUCGAGGACGGUGUUUAUGUCCAGUACUCUCCAGUUAAGACCAUCUCCAUGCUGUCUGCUUUAGCUGCCAUCCUGAUUUUCUCCUACCUGACUUCAGUGCUCUUCAACAAAGGCCUGCUUCCUGAGAGGUGGGAUGUCUUCAAAGUGAAAGCCCAGGAGUCACCACAACAAUUUUCUCCGAUAAGUGGGGUCACGAAGCAGAGUAAAGAAGAGGAGCGGAAGACAAACAGCUGUAAGGCCGAGGCUGAAGGUGCAUCAGAGCCAAUGAUUAGCACAAGCUCUCAGUGUCCCUGCGGCCUUGAAACCCAAAGUAUUUGAGAAAUGUUUGCAAACAUCUUAUGAUAGAAGCAUGAUAGGAUGAUAAUUGUCACUGAAAAAUUGUAUAAAUGAAAAUAAUACUUUGAAGAUUUUGGCCUUUAAUCAAACAGAGCUUAACUUUUGGUGUUAGAGAUAUGAGACAAGGGUUAUUAUACCUAUUAUUGUAUCAUUUAAAACAAUAUUAUGUAAAUAUUUUGUGUUAUGCCUUGUGGGAUGUCUUGCUCAUAAGAAACUAUUUGUUAACAUGCUGAAAUAAUGUUAUGUCUACGCAAGCCAAAUCCUGAACUGCUGUUUGCUUUAUUCUUGAUGUGGUCAUGCAUUAUCAUGUAGCACUUAUGUCAACUAUGUGCCCAGAUUUUGCUUGACCAGUUCUAGAUUCUAUUUGAAUGGGGAAACAGUAUGAAAAUUACACCAGAGACUGAAUACUUUAAAUGCAAAAAGCUGGCACUGUACUUAAAAUCAAGCACAGACAUAUCAGCAAACUGCAGUGCCCAGCAGAGAUGAGAGAGACUCUGCUUACAACAGCUGUUGCCCGUUACCAUAAGGCUUUAUGGAAGAGUGGCAAAGAGAAAGCCACUGUUGAAGAACACCCAGAUUAAAUCUCAACAAGAGUUCACCAAAAAGUAUGUGGGAGACUGGCCCACAUGGCCAACAGAGAAGACGCUGGGCAGACACCAAACACUGCAUAUCACCACAAACACAACUUCCUCACUGUGAAGCACGGUGGAGGCAGCAUCAUGUUGUGGGGAUGUUUCUUGGCAGCUGGCCCAGGAAAGAUAAAAUAAAUGUGGAAAAAUACAGAAAAAUCCUGGAAGGCAAUCUUAUGCAGUUUGCAAGAGAACUAUGGCUUGGGAGAAAAUGUAUUUUCCAGCAAGACAAUGACAGUGAGCAUACCAUGAAAGCUGCACAGAAAUGGUUUAAAGACUACGAAGUCAAUGUUCUGGAGUGGCCGAGUCAAAGCCCAGACCUCAAUCCAGUAUGGAACUUCUGACUGGACUUGAAAUGGGCUGUUCACGCCGGAUCCCAGUGCAACCUGAUAGAGAAGAAAGGAGCAAAGUAAUGGAGAAUGGAAGAAUGGAGUAAAAUUGCAGUGUCCAGAUGUGUAAGUCUGAUUUAGACCUAUCCACACAGACUCAGAGCUGUGAUUGCAGCCAAAGAUGCAUUGAAUAAAUACUGACUGGGGUAAAUAUUUAUGCAGCCACUUAUUUUACAUUACAUUUUUUUAUCCUCAUUACACUCUGUUUUCAAUUUGACAUUAAAGAUUUUUGUUUUUAUUGACAAUUUAAUGAUUUUAAGAAAUCAUUUACAGGAUACAAAACCCAAGGGGGUGAAUAUUUUCAUAGGCAUUAUUGGAGUAACAGUUUCAAACUUGUUAUAA